AUAUGGAGAACGAGAAGGACAUGCCGUUUUUGGGUGAUGCUGCUACUGAACCGACUCCUGGUUUUGAAUUUGCUGGAAAGGUGGUUUCAGUAACCGGAACAAUGAUGAUUACAAAUUCUGUGGUCGG